AGUCCGCCACGAAGGCCCAGAGCUCGGAGAUCGGCUUAUAAAACUUCUCCUUCGAGCAAAGAUGGCUCGAACCAUGAAGGCAACGGGCGAUGGCCAACGGAAGAAGCGGAGCAAUGGAUUCGUUGACCACAUUAAGGAUUACUGCUCCAAUUGCACCCUGGCCGGGUUCGCCUACAUGGCCAAUUCCAGAUUGCACUUCACGGAACGCAUCUUCUGGCUGAUUUGUGUGAUCGUUUCCUCGCUGGGCUGCUACCAUCUGAUCGUCGCAUAUCAGCGGAGUUUUCCCUCGAGAGCCGUGAGCAUUGUGUACGAGAGUCUGCCGCCGUUUUCCAAGUGGCAAUUUCCCUCGGUCAGCGUCUGUGAGGUUGCCCACAAGGGUAAAUUGUUUCCCACCAUGGAGGAGUACAUAAAAACACUGGGCGUAGAUAUUGCCGGAGAUUACCCGUUCGAAGUGGAAUCUGGAAUGGCGACCAUUCUAUUUCCUGUAUUAUACAAUGAAAACGCAUUGAAGGCUAAAUGUGGGUUGGCCCUGACGGAUUGCCCAGGUCCAUGUGCAGAAUGUCCGGCGAAGGACUACCGGAAAAUACUCAAGUGGUAUGGAGCCAACUGCUCGGACUUAUUCGUCGAGUGUAAGUUAUCAGGAGUGCCCUUCGACUGCUGCCGGUAUUUUCGACCCCUGCUGACGCCCUUUGGCCGCUGCUUUAUGCUAAACUCCCUGCAGAACAAUGAGCCUGGCUCAAAGCACUGGCUGCCCAACCAAUUGGAUCCCGCCGAUCAAAAGGCCGUGAUAACUGUGGUCACACAUGUGGAGAUUCAAGCGAACGUGAUGAAUGCCGAGGAUAUUCCGCACACGGCCUUUGCCCCUCCUGGCAUUUUAGCCAUUACUCCGGGACUGGGAAAGUAUAUGCAGUUUAACCAGGUAAUUAUGACAAACGAUCCGGAUGUCAGGGAGGUCGACUCGAAGAUCCGCAGCUGCAUUUUUCCCGACGAGAUUCCGCCGACCAGUGUUUACAAGGCCUACAGCUUCAGCGUUUGCAUCACCGAGUGCAUCAGGACGCUGCAGUUGAAAGUGUGCAACUGCACGUCGUUUAUGUACAAUCCAAAUGCAGAUAGCCGCUUUCCGGACUGCGAUUUGCAGGGAUACUUGUGCUUGGAGAGGAACCGGGCGAUAAAGCCGGACUCCAGGGUUCUGUUGGGUAACAACAAGAGGACCAACGAAAGUUGUGGGUGCCUGCCGUCCUGCAACGAAGGCGAUAUCUUCACCGUUUACGAACCCAACAUAAUGACCCGAACCGGAAACAAUUAUUUCAACGUCACUCUAGAUAUGCCCUUCCUGCCAACGGAUCAGUAUCGGCGACAGGCGAUUCGCUCGCGGUUGGAUGUCGUGGUCUCCAUGGGCGGGAUGCUCGGACUUUUCCUGGGGGCCAGCAUUCUCAGUGCCAUCGAGUUCAUUUACUAUUUCACCAUGCGACCCCUGAACAACAUGCUGCGAGAACGUUCCGCUACUGAAAGGACUACAUAAAGACAAGUUCAGGGAAGGGAAAAUAGCAACCAAAAAUAUAUUUAAAUAUUUAUGAGAAAAUACUUAGAUAAAUCAUUUUUCUCGUUUAAAUUUUCUUUUUAAAUAAGCAUAUGAACUCAAAAAUCUCACAUUAAAUACUUAAUAUUAAGGAAACUUAA